CUCCUCCGACGCCGUUCUUUCCACCGAGGUGACUGUCCAGGGCAGUCAGAGAAGCGCAGUCAACGACUGCACUGCGUUCAGCUCCUCUCAGUAAUUGAAAUUUGAUAAAAAUUUUUCCCCCUCCUCCCGCUCCCAAUCAGCGCUAUCAAUCAGUCGAUAAGUGACUCUAUCGAGGGUUCAUCGAUACUCGUGUGACAUAACGUCAAUAAUCACCUCGGGAAUAGUUCAAAGUUCUUGUGGUGUGGAGACUCUACGUUUUAUUAUUUAUUAUUUUAGCGAGAACUCAAGUGUGUGGAGAAAUUUAAUUAUCAUUUAACUGUGAUUGUAGUAAAUAAAUAAAUAAACUGUGGUGAGAGAAAUUUCAAUGUCUGACCCCUUAAGGCAGUGGACUCGGUAACUCGAUUAAUCACGGGCUAAUUAAUCACGCCCACAUUACUGGACCAGUGAAUUAAUUAUUCAAAUUAGAAAGGAACCGGAGGAGACACGAUUCAACGGCCACUGGAGAGAGAAACGUUUUAUUCGAUCGGGGUGAGGUGAAUUGGAUGCUCCCUUCCAGUGGUAAUGACAGUCGGCAUUAAUUGAAUCAAAUGCGGUGGUAGGUGCUCUCGGAUAGAAUGUUCCACGGCAGUGGAAGUGGUGGGUACGGAGCGGGCACCGACUACCAGACACAGCAAUCCCAGCAGCAACAACAACAGCACAAUCAGCAACUCCAAGCGCCUGUUUACGUGCCGUCCUCGAGACCGGCUCUUCCAACAGCAGCCACGGCACAGUAUCACUCAUUUCCUGGCUCAGCAUCGCCCGCAUGGGAGAAAACGGCAUCCUGGCAGCAUGGAGUCGACGGUUACACCCACCACGCCCUGGCGGGCCACACGGGUGGUUCACCAGCGGGAAUGGGGGCGCACGGAGCCCACGGACAUCCCCAUCCAUCCCACCCUCACACAGGCCACCCUCACGCCACCCUAGCGAGUCCAUUCUACGCGCAAAACGUCGCGAUGAUGUCCUCCCGGUGGCCUUACGAAUCCGCUGGCUUUCAGCGCGCCUCACCAUAUGAUACGGCGAUGGAUUUUCAGUUUGCCGAGGGGAGAGAGUGUGUUAAUUGUGGGGCUAUUUCUACCCCACUAUGGAGAAGAGACGGUACUGGUCACUAUUUGUGUAAUGCCUGUGGACUCUAUCACAAGAUGAAUGGAAUGAAUAGGCCGCUGAUAAAACCAUCCAAACGCCUCAUCUCCGAAUUCCAGACGGCGACAAGACGAUUGGGUCUGUGCUGUACUAAUUGUGGUACCCGUACAACGACUCUCUGGAGGCGUAACAAUGAGGGUGAACCGGUGUGCAAUGCAUGCGGCCUUUACUUCAAAUUGCACGGGGUAAAUCGUCCACUGGCGAUGCGAAAGGAUGGAAUACAAACGCGCAAGAGAAAGCCCAAGAAAACACCUGAACCAAAUGCACCAAGAACCAGUGGAAAUGAUCACGAGACGUCGACGUCGACCACAUCCUCCCCGUCGAACGACUUGAAAAGCAGUCAACAACAGCCCCAGCAUCACCAGAUAGAGUCAACAAAAUCCUCAUCAUCAGUAUCAACCGACCGCCCAGUUUACCUGGGUCACACAUCACUACUGGCAACUGGAGGAGUGCCAGCAGUGAAAACUGAGCCACGAAGUUGCGACGGAAUAGUUGGACAGCCAUACUCAUCGUACUACCAGCAUCCCCAUCAACUCGAUCCACCGACAAGUGACCAUCAACAGCAAAAUUAUUACCAAACCCAAGAAACUUCGUACCAUCAUCAACAUCACGUAGCAACAGCUGCAAAACUUCUCGCGUCAUCCUAGAAAAUCCACUUCCUCCCUCCUCCUCCCUCUCUCCUGUUCCCCCCCCCCCCCAUGACCACUCGAUAAUUGAUAAUUAACCGAGAUUUAAAGUUUUCUCCCUAAUCGUUAGUUAAAUCUUCAGUGUUCUGUUGAAGGAGUACUUUAUGUGUGAUACCUAAGUUAUUUAUGCACACGCGAUAUAUUGCUAUGGAUGCGUCUGACUAGAUUGUUUUUUUUUACAUUCUUUUUUAUGUUUUCUCUGUAAAUAUUGAAGGAAUAAUUCAAUGUGGUAGAUAUUAAUCACUGAUAAUUACUAGAUUAAUCAGCAAUUGGAAGAAAAAAAAAUGCACCUGUAAAUAAUACUUCAGACUUAUCACUUGAUUCUACUCUAUUCCGAUGAAUUUGGUUUAAGAAUUAUUAAUUAUAAUAAUCGUAAAUUGUGCCGUAGGAAUUACAAAGAGUCUCUCCAUUUUUUUUUCGUGUACUUAACGUAAUAAAGAAAAUCGUUACAAACGA